AACUGAUCAGAGCUUCCACCGUCUGCAGGGGGGAGCGGCGCAUGACUGCAGAGGGUGGAACCGCGCGACGUCUCUGCAGAAACCGCUCGGCUGCACCUCAGUUUCCACCUCUUCAGGAAAUGCGCGCUCUUGUUUUCUGCAGCAGCUACGGGUCGAUGCAAAUCAAAGUCCCUGCUCUGAGCGUCUCUGAUGUAGCAACUCAGCGACUCGGAGCUUUCCAACGCCACUGGAAAACUGCAAAUGUCACAGGUUUGUUCUGGAAGUUUGGCUGAAGUCUUAGAAUCUGAUCAUCAAGGAGCAAGCACAUCUUAGGUCUGGUGAAGCGCACGAUGACACAAGAGGAGAGUCAGUACGUCUCCCAUGCAGAGAUUUCAGCUGCAAAGAGGAGGAAUCACUUGUACAGACAACAGCCUCCUCAGACAAGAAACAGGAGCUCGCAUUGUCUGAGGAACUGUCUACGAUUCUGUUUUAAGAAGAGGAGAGACAUGGAGCAGAGAGCAGCAGCCCCCCCUGCAGAGCCUCAGGUCGACCCGAGCGCCGAGGGAGGACUGAAGGAACUCACCACCGCCUGGUUCAUCCACACCCAGGCUCCACGCAUCAGCCACAACGGACUCUUCCCAGACUGGUUCCACGGCUUCAUCUCCAGAAAAGACGCUGAAGAAAUGCUCAAAAACAAAGACCUCGGUUGUUUCUUGGUUCGUCUCAGCGACAAAGCUCUCGGAUACAUCCUCUCCUACAAGGGCAGGGACCGGUGCCGUCAUUUCGUGAUCAACCAGAACGAGUCGGGGGAGUUCGUCGUCUUCGGGGACCACGUUCGACACGGGACCUUGUCUGAGCUCGUCCAGUACUUCAAGGAAAAACCCGUCGAGCCGUUCGGGGAAUAUCUGACGACUUCCUGUUGCGUGGUUCAGAACAAUGAUCUUUAUGACACGAUCCACGUGAGUCCCAAACAGCGGUCAGUGGCCACGCUCCAGGCUCAAAAGACCAAAAAACAGAUGAGAGGCUCAGACCUGCAGCUGACGCAGAGCAGAGCAAGCAACUGCUCCUCACAGGACCUACCGCCUCUUCCUCGGAGGAGCAGACAGUUUGAAAACGGCGUCGACGUCCAGGACAACGUCUGCUACGCUCAGGUGCGGCGUAAAAAGCUGAAGGAUCGAGAGGCGAAGGCGGACGCUUCCUCCAGACCCCAGUCCCUGUACUCGGAGCUGGACCUGCUGGACAGCCGGUGCCGCUCCCUGCCGCUCCUCCUGAACAGCGGCGAGGAGACGAGCUACAGACUGAGCGUGACCCCCCCUCGACCCGGCAGAGACACGCCCAGCCCCGAGCCCUCGCACCGGCCCGAGCCGUACAGAGCGUCGCCGCAGCCCAGCCCGGAGCCCGGCGCCAGGGCGGACGACGCGGGGGUGUACGCCGAGGUCACCGCGCCGCACCGCCCCGCCGUGGACGACACGUACGAGCAGCUCCCGAAGCUCCCGCUGCUCCCGCAGCUCCUGGACAACGGCGCCCAGUACGAACCCGUGGGACACCUGAGGCUCAAACACGGGACUAAAAACGACAAAUGGAAGCGGAUCUUUCCUGAAGUCAAAAGGAAAUGGUGACUCUGUGCGUGACACUAUUCUGUUUUUAUUCUGCUCUGUGAGUGCAGCUUCCUCCUGACCAUAAACUGUAAAAUAAAUAACUUAAAUGUAACGAUAUUUUACUAUUAAAUGCAUUUUUAAAUCGC